GUCACACUGUUCGGCGCUUUCUUUUUCAAUGGACUGAGUUUUCCUUUUAAGUUUUGUUUUUGUUGCUCUAUUUACGCAAGUGGAACAAAUGCAAUUGCUCGGAUCCGGAAUCAUUGCGGCCUAGGCAAAGUGUGUGCCAAGUGUUUGCGGUCCGUGGAUUGCGUGGUAGUGCGGGAAAUGCGAAUAAGGCGACCAUCUGUGCGUCGAUCGGUGGAAAAGUCUUAAAUUUUCAGUGGGCGCCCCACCAAGGACGACCUAGAAACGCUCCCGGAAACUAGGACAGGUGACAUCACAGCAGCCAGCAGAGCAAUCAUGAUCCACGUCGGUGAUAACUCAUGGAAUCUGCGGAUCUUCAUCACGGAUCUGGCGCUGGAGAAGACGAUGCGCGUGCGCGGUGACCAGCACAUCGGAGGCAUCAUGCUGCAGCUGGUGGAUCCGGAGAACCCCAAGGACUGGUCCGACCACGCUCUCUGGUGGCCCGCCCGUAAUGUGUGGCUCAGCCGGACGAGACUGACCCUCGAUCAGUGUGGCGUCCAGGCGAACAGCCUGCUGCACUUUACGCCCAUGCACAAAAUUCUGCGGGUUCAGCUUCCCGAUCUUAGGUACCUGGACUGCCGGGUGGACUACUCCGUAAAGACCUUCGCGGCGGUGGUGAAUCUGUGCAAGCAGCUGGACAUCCGCUACCCGGAGGAGUUGUCUCUCUGCAAACCACUCGAGGCGGAGCACCUAAAGCGCAACUUCGCUCAGGUGCCGCACCAGAAGCGAGUGCCCAUUGCCGAGCCGGAUGGCACCAGCUAUCUGCAACCAGCUGCCGAUACCAACUCUUUUGUGCCCAUCAGCACAUCGUUCCACGGCGAUGGCGGCAGCACUGGCAGUCUGGACAAGCCCUCCGCUCCGGGAUCCUUCUUCUGCGCUCCUCUCUCGCCGCACAACCACCGCGGUCGCUCGCCCGUGGCACCGGCCUCCCCGUCGCCGGGCACCUGGAAGCAGAGCCAACUGGGCUAUGCCACCUACGACUCCAGCUCCUCGAGCCUUGGCGAUUUCCAGGAGAACUUGGCCAGCUCACCGCCCACUCCCUGCUCGGAUGUUAGAGCGCUUCAGUUGCGCCCCAAAUCGCUGGUUGAGAAGGCCCGUCUAAACGUGGGUUGGCUGGACUCAUCGCUGUCUAUCAUGGAGCAGGGCAUCCGGGAGUACGAUACGCUGUACCUGCGCUUCAAGUACUUCACCUUCUUCGACCUGAAUCCCAGGUGCGACCAAGUGCGCAUCAAUCAGCUGUACGAGCAGGCCAAGUGGAGUGUGCUCAACGAAGAGCUGGAUUGCACGGAGGAGGAGAGCUUGAUGUUUGCCGCCUUGCAGUUUCAGGUGAACCAUCACGUGGACGCCACGCCGCACAGUGGUGCAGUGGACUCGGGCAUCGAGACCUCCAGUCAGGAGAACGACAACGACGACGAGAUUGAUUCGGCCCUCAAGGAGCUGCAGAUUACGCUGGAAGGCCCGAAUGGGGGAGGAGAUCCGCGAAACAUCACACACAUACCGGAACUCUCCGACUAUCUGCGGUAUCUCAAGCCGCAGAGGUUCACGCUGCGCGGCUACAAGCGCUACUACUUCACUUACCGCGAUCUGCACUUGUACCUAUUCAAGAGCGCCGAGGAAUCGCGCCGCGUAGCUCCUACUAUCACCAUUAAUCUGAAGGGCUGCGAAGUUACUCCGGAUGUGAAUCUGUCCCAGGGCAAGUACGCCAUCCGGCUGGAGGUCUCUCCGGACGGUGGCCACGGGCCCAACAGCGAGGUGUGGGUGCGUUGCGAGAACGAGCAGCAGUACGCCAAGUGGAUGGCCGCCUGCCGACUGGCGGCGAAGGGAAGAUCUUUGGCGGACAGCUCGUACGAGAGCGAAGUGGACGGCAUACUAUCGCUGCUGCAGAUGCAGCGACCUGUGCAUGGAGUGCAUGUUAACAUCGAUCCGCGAUCUGUGGAUGCAGUAGAUUACCUGUCGCCCAAGAUUCUUCGAAAACUGUCCAAUAAAGCAGUGCAGCGAAUCCUCGAAGCACAUGCCAACGUCAGGGAUCUGAACUCCCUGGACUCGAAAUUGAAGUACAUCCAGGCCUGGAGAUCCCUGCCCGACUUCGGAGUCUCUCUGUUUAUCAUCAAGUUCGACGGGCAUCGAAAGGAGGAGCUGUUGGGUGUGGCCCACAACCGUAUCAUGCGCAUGGAUCUAAGCUCGGGGGAUCACAUCAAAACCUGGCGCUACAAUACCAUGAAGGCCUGGAAUGUUAACUGGAACAUCAAGUGCAUGAUGAUCCAGUUCGAGGACGAGAACGUGGUCUUCUCCUGCCACUCUGCCGACUGCAAGGUGGUGCACGAGUUCAUUGGCGGCUACAUCUUCAUGUCGAUGCGCUCCAAGGACAACAACCAGACCCUCAACGAGGAGCUUUUCCACAAGCUCACUGGCGGUUGGUCCUAGGAAACUUGAUUAAUCGAAUUCAAUGCCAGUUUCAAUUGUUCUAAUUUUGUAAAGAAAACAAAUGUUUUUUUAUUGUUAACCAACUGAUAGACUCACAACUUCAAUGCAAUACGUGUAUUUACGUUCAAUUUACCUUUUAAUUCGUUGUUAACUAAUCUUGUUGAUGAUUUUUAACCACGAAAAUCGCUUGCCAAUGGCCCUUUUGCCUACCCAACUCUAAACAGACUUAACCGUGGCCUUAGCAAUGUUUUUGUAUGACUAACUUUUAAGUAUACAAUAAAUAAAUGAAGCCCUACCAUAUUAAA